GUCGCAAUCUUAGAAAUGAGGCUUACAGUGCUGCAGUUCUUAGACUCAUUAUGUUCAAGUAUCAAUAUGUAAGCUAGAUUUAGAAUCACCAUUUGGGGCCGGGUCAUCCAAGUUGUAUAAUAAUUUAUUGCAGUCACUUAAAAUCUUCUAUGUUCAUUUAUUGUGCAUGUUUGUUUUUUUCUCCUACCCAGAAAAUGUUCCUUUCUUUGUGGCAGUACCUAUUUAGUAACUUUUUUCGGUUCUGGAUGAAAUGGGUCUUGCAUCACCUCACCAGAAAAUGUGAAUUGCAGCGCAUUUUUGAUGAUACCAAAGAAGGGGCGCGAAGGACCCAAAGAAUAGAAUAUUCCCUGGAAUUCUCAAAGAAUAAGAUUUUACAGAAUGCUGUUCAUGCCAAUGAGAGUGAAGUGGAAAUAUGGGUAGAAGAUAUAAUGAAGGAAAAGAAGAUUAACCCUCAGAAGGACCCAGGUUUUAAAAUCAAUAUGGAGGUGUGUUUGCUACAGAUAUCAGGUUAUAAGAAGCUCUACCUGGAUGUCGAAAAUGUGAGAAAAAAACCUUAUGACUCUGAUAACCAGGAGCAUGAAAAGUUACUAAUCAAGCUUUGGAAUCAGCUGAUGCCUAAUGAAAAACUGAAGACUAGAAUCACCAAGCAAUGGGGAGAUAUUGGUUUCCAAGGUGAUGAUCCCAAAACAGACUUCAGAGGAAUGGGCAUGCUGGGAUUAGUCAAUCUUGUGUAUUUUAGCGAACAUUAUGCCAACGAAGCUCAUCAGAUCCUUUCUCGUUCCAAUCAUCCAAAAUUGGGAUAUUCCUAUGCAAUUGUUGGAAUUAAUCUGACAGAGAUGGCUUACAGUUUGCUGAAGAGUGGUGCUCUGAAGUUUCAUCUCUAUAAUUUAGUUCCUGGCACCCCAACAAUAGAACACUUUCAUCAGUUUUAUUGUUACCUGGUGUACGAGUUUGACAGAUUUUGGUUUGAAGAGGAGCCAGAAAGCAUUAUGUACUUCAACCAGUACAGAGAGAAGUUUUAUGAGAAGGUUUCAGGACUUCUGCUGGAUUAUAAUGUAACACUUUCCUUAAAAAGUAUAAAUAGCCCUUAAUAUCAUCUGAAUCCUGUUACAUUUUGCACAUCUAAUGAAAGUAUGAGGUGUGAUGGCAUUUCACUGACCAGUUUCACUUGAAACUUUGUUCAACAGUGUAUCGUUUCCUACACAUUUCUUGGAAAAGCAUUUCAGAAAUUCUGUUGAGAAAGCUAGGGACAAUCCAUUUCUGUUUACAGUUGUUUGUAUUCUGAUAUCCAAAGGUAAGUUUUCCUUCCAAAGACACUCUGUAUGUGGGACCCUGUACCCUACAGUAUGAGACUUGGGACUUCACCCUUUGGGUUGAGAAGAAUGAUUCAGGUAGUAUGCUAAUCCAUCAGGUUCACUUAAAUGUAGUAAAAUCAAUGGCUUUUCUGUUAAGGUAAAGACUGUCAGGUAAAAAUUUCCAAGAGGGCCCCUUUGAGAAGAAUUUUCUUAUUGGAAAUUGGUUUCUGCCCUUAUUUUGUUUUUCUUUUUAGGCAAAUGAUAGCUUGGGGUACUGACAUGAUUAUUGCUUUCUAAAAUCUUUAUCUCGGUCAGUUUCCUUCAGGUGUUUAAAGCAUUUAUCAUGUCAGCAAGCAAGCAAGCCUGUUUAAUGCCUUGAAAAUGGGUUUGGUGAAGGGCACUUGGAUAUAGGAGUAAUAUUGUUUCAUGAUUUAGGGAAUCUUAGGUUUUCAUCGUCAGCAAGAUAAUCUGAUUUCUCAACCUGAAGUUCAAAGGGACUUUUCUUUUUUUCAUAAUCUGGUACUUAAAUCCAAGAAAAAAAAUCUACUUUGUCUUGGAAGUUUAGUAUGGAAUUUUCCGUUUACCCCUCCAUUUUGUAUGUACGUGGUUGAAUGUGCAAGACACAUUUGCCAAGAAAAUCCUAAUUAUUGUACUGGCAGAAAGACUUUUCUGUUUAAUAAAGCUGUCUUUAAGACUGAAAAACAAGAGAGAGCAAUUUAAACCUGUUUUUUUUUUUUUAAUCUCCUUUGUUACGUAUUAGGCAAGUAGAAAAAUGACUCUCGUUCUAUUUCAGAUUUGGCUCCCUAAAAAUGUACUCUUUAUAUAUUUGCAUACAGGUGUGGUCUGUUAUAGGCUAAGGUAGCCUGAGGAGUAACAAGAUUGUGCAACUGUGCAUGUUGCUCCAGUUUUGCUCUCCCAGGUUUAAUUCCGAGAACGACUUAUGUGCAGAGCUCUGCUCACUAAGUGGAGGCUUGCUUCUUCAGAAACCAUGUUUUCAUCUAAAUUUAAGGGCUUUCAAAAAUAUAGAAGUUUAGUGAACGACCAAGUGCCCCUUACAACACUGCUGAAACCAGUCCUGUUGAUCUGGGUAUUUUGUAAUUUGCAGUACUGCUUAAAUAUUAUUUUUAAGUGAAAGAUUUUCAAUUUAUUCGUAGCACUGACUACCUUCAUCCCUUCGUUACAUAUAGACAGAGUUUUCAUAUGAUUUGUUCUUAUAUCUGUUUAUUAAUCUCUUUUGAAACUCCUGAAAGAGAUGAGUAGUUGGAAGUAAACAGAUUGGAAAAGAAUAACAAAAUAUAUGCAGUUUAUUCUCUCUGGGUGCAUACAGCGAAAUUAUUAAUUUUUUUAACUUGGCAAAAAGUGCUAUUUUUAAAUGGGAUAGACUAUUCUGAUGUAGUAUAGAUGAGGACUUUAUAAAUAUGCUGCAUUUUAACAUUGCUUUUCUGUAGGGGGAAAAAUAUAAACUUGGUGGGAAUUUGUGUAUUUUUUUAUUAACUUUUGAUAAGACUAUAACUGCCACCAACUGUAGAUCCCAUAUUUUGGAAGUAACAGGGUACCGACAAGGAGCGUGGAGACAAUGAAUGAUUUUAACACUUAACUAGGAUUUGGGGGAUGGGGGAAGAGGGGGCGUUUAAUUACGCACGUUAGGGAAAAUAAUGUUCGUAAUGUCUCAUUCCAGUGAAAAUGUGUACACUCCCAAUUUAAAUCUUCUGUAACAGAGAUCUAGAGAGGGAUGUGAUGUUCUGUGUGAGAUUAUCAAGAACACUAAAGGAAGAAGUAAAGUUGUUUAUUAAUUUUAUUCACUUAAAGUGCUUUACUUUUAAAGGGGGUGGGUUAGAGUAGAUUUGAAAAUACUAUGGACCCCUUUUCCUCCUAUAAAUUUGUGAUGGAUAUUAAUUUCCUAGCAUAAAAGUAUUAAUCUAGUAACAGUUUCAGGCAUCUGAUUGGGCAGUGACUUGGUCAAAGCUAGGAAGAUUUAAAGUUCAUCAGGCCUGGAACCAAGUUAAAUCAAAGGUUUUGUUUCCAACUGAGAAUCAAAGUGUGUUAAACAUUCUGAUCGUGCAGAUAAGAUGGUAAAUACGUGCAAGGAAGGUUAAAACUAUUUUGAGUAUCUUUUUUCCCUAAAUUUAAUCGUCUUCCUACUUUCCGUUGUAUAAACUGGAAUGUCUUAUGCUGUUGUUUGUCCCGGUAGUUGCUGUAGAAACAGAAGUUCUAACAAUGUCAUGCUAGUGUAGAUAUCACAUGGUUUCGAUAUCAAGUUAAUUUUAUAUAACUGGCAGUAAACAUUAAGACUUGAAUCUGAUAUAAUCAGAGUGCCAGGGUCAGAAUGUUUGACGAUGGCAAGGAUAUUCUGCUGAGUAUAAUCAUCAAGCUUAUCUUCUGGACUUAUGAUCUAUCUGAAAGACAAUCUUAAGGCGAGUGACAGCCUCCUUUUGAAUAAGAGUAUGGAGACCACAGGUAACCUGAAUUCACUUCUCACUGGCUACAUUUCAGAAAAGUGGGUCUGAUUCUGAAAACUGAAUCAUACCUUAGAAAUAUCCUUUAAAUGUCUUGUAAACAUCAUUCUGCUUUUGGUGUUUUAAAACCUUUUAGCUUUUUGAAGUAUUUCCCAUGAAAAUGUAUGCAUUCUUUUCCUUUUAGGUCUAAAGUGUUGUCAAUUUGCCGACCCUUUCCCAUCGGUAUAGAAAACUGCCGACAACACGAAUGCUACAAAAUGUGUUCGGGGGAGUAAAUCAGUGCUAGUGCAUUACUACAAAUAGGGUUUAAAACGAGCAAGGAUUUUGAUUUGCCAAGCAGUUUCUGAUGUUGGGAGGAGAGGGAAAGGAAGAAAAGAUUCAGAGGAAGAGGAGUAGGAUGGCUACUACUUCUGAAACAUUGAUAUCUGGCUGCCACUAUGAAGCGAAUGCCCUGUUUCCCCAGCCAGCCAGAAAGAUAUAGGUAAAUUGGAGAGUGGGGCACAGGGAAGUGGAACAGACUCAGAGUAAACAGUGCUAAGUGCAUGCAAAGCCCCAGAGACACAGAGGAGGUAGUAACCCCUCAAUCAACUGUAUUUAUCAAGCAUUUACUGUGUGCAGAGCACUGUAUUAAGCACUUGGGAGAGUACACUAUAACAAUAUAACAGAGCUGGUAGAUGCAUUCCCUGCCCACAACUAGUUCACACCGGGGCAGUGCUGAAUGUUUUUGCUUUUCUGAAAAAACUCAUGCCAGCAGGCUAAUCGUGGAGGGCCUGCUGUCCUGGAAUGGCCAUACUGGGAUAUUUUUCUUAUUCCGUAGCCAAGUUCCAGCACUGCACCUGGGCCAGAUGGAACCGCCUGACGUGGCCCCCUCUGGAAAUGUGUGCCAGGAUUGGCUGGCCAGUGAUGGGUUGCACUUAUUCUGGGAUAUUGUUAGAGUGUAACAUUAGAAUUCAGCUAUGCAUUUUUCUUCUCUUUGCAUAGAUGUAGCCACUAUCAACUAUUUUACUGUCAGUUCACUACCUUCCAAAGUCAAAAAUAUGUGUGGAACUUUGGUUUAAACUUGAACUUUUUUUUUCUUGAGCCUGUUUGCAUCAGCCUUUGUUGUGCGGAUUCAUUUGGGGAAUUUUUAUAACUUGAUAUGUAAAGUUUGCAUUCUUAACUCUGCGGAUCAUCGCAGUGAUCAACUUUAUAUGUAUGUACUCCGUAUUUGAAGGUGUGAAAAUCACCUGUGAGUGUGUAUUUUGGGUUGGGGGAGGGAGCCUGAAAAGGCUGAUUCAGGAUCCACAGUCCCAAACGUAUUGUGCACACAAAAAGGCUUGUGCUGUCAUGUUUAAUAUUUGCAGUGCCUGGUGCUGUUUUCUGUCUUGCCUCCUUGUCGUAUUGUUCCUUCUGUAAGUAUUCUGGUAAUAUACCUAAUUGUCAUGUUGAAAACCUUUAUGCUGUCUUUUCUUUUUUCUUCUUCCAAACAGGCUGGUAGUGGAUUAUUUUCUAAAGUAAAAAGCAGUUACGGCACUGCAUUCCCUGGAAACAGUAACUAGCUUGAAAUCCUGUAGGAGCUGGUAGUUCACUGUUGGAUAAAGAAUAGGCCAGUUACCCAUGGACUGGAACGGGCCCACCGUAUGUUGUCAAAGCAAUAAUGUAUUUUGUGUGGUCCCUUUGUGUGGAAUAUGUUAAUGAAAGUAAAUAAAGAACAAAUUGUCCAGGAAA